UCUUAUUCUUUGUCUAUGCGUUUCGACAGAUAGCACUGUAUUUUCGAAGCAUGGCCGAGCAUGGAAGUGGAGCUGCUCUUCACGUUGCCGUCUUCCCAUGGCUCGCCUUCGGCCACAUGCUUCCUUUCCUCCAGCUCUCCAAGUCGCUGGCCAAGCGCGGCCACCGCGUUUCCUUCCUCUCCACCCCGAGAAACAUCGCCCGCUUGCCCGAAAUCCCUCCCGACGUCGCCCCGCUCAUCGAAUUCGUCCCCUUCACCUUUUCUUCCGUCGACAACUUACCGCCGGAAGCCGAGUCCACCGCCGACCUCCUUCCCGAACAAGUUCAGUACUUGAAGAAGGCACUCGACGGGCUGCAGAGCCCCUUCUCGCGCUUCCUCCGGGCGACGAGGCCGGACUGGCUCGUGAUCGACUUCUGCCAGCACUGGGCACCGGAGAUUGCCUCCGAUCUCGGCAUCCCCUGCGCCUUCUUAUCCAUAUACAACGCCGCGUGCUUGUACUUCUUGUUGGAGAAGAUGGCAGGAGACAUACAGCCGACGAGACCCGAGGAGCUCACCAAGCCGCCCGGUAACCUUCCUUUCCCGACCACGGUCUCGUUUCGCCUCCACGAGGCCAAGGACGUGAUCUGGAACUACCGGGACAACGCCUCCGGCAUCAGCGACGGGCGGCGCCUCAGCGCCAUAGUAAAAGACAGCGAUUUGGUCGCCUUCCGCGGCUGCUUCGAGCAGGACGCCACUUGGUUAUCCCUCUUCCGGACGCGAAUUUGCGGCGGCAGCAAGCCCGUCGUUCCGCUCGGCUUACUGCCCCCGCCGUUGGAGGAAGCAACAGCACCCGACUCCGACGUCGGCGAACCUUCGGCCACCUUCCGGUGGCUGAGCGAGCAGUCUCCGAGGAGCGUCGUGUACGUCGCGUUCGGUAGCGAGGCGACGCUGAGAGAAGAGCAGGAGCGCGAGUUGGCGUCGGGACUGGAUCUGUCGGCGACGCCGUUUCUUUGGGCCACGAGGAAGCCGUCCGGCGGCGUUGAGCGCCGCAGCAGCGGGCUGGUAGUCGGCGGCUGGGUUCCACAGCUGGAGAUCCUCCGCCACGGGGCGGUGGGGGCCUUCCUGACGCACUGCGGGUUCAGCUCCGCGGUCGAGAGCUUCCAAUUUGGGCAUCCGCUGGUGAUGCUGCCGUUGGCCAUCGACCAAGGGCUGAUGGCUCGGCAGUUCGAGGAGAUGAAAGUGGGAACAGAGGUGGCGAGGAACGAGGAGGACGGGUCGUUCACAGGGGAAGACGUGGCGGCCGCCAUAAGGAAGGUGAUGGUGGAGGAAGAAGGGAAGGCGCUGAGAAGCAACGUAGAAAAGCUGCAGGAGGUCUUCGCCAACGGGGAACUCCAUGAAUCCUACAUCGACACCUUCGUCCAACUUUUGAGAGAUCUAAAGCACAAAAAAACCUUUGAAUGAAAUUAAGGUCGAGUAAGAUCACGAACAUGAUGCUCAAUGAAAUUUCGUGAAGCUGUAAUCGUUAAUUUAUUGUUAAGUCGUCUGAUAAUCAUAUUUA